GAUAACAGUCAUGUGAAUGUAUACAUUUAAAUGAUUAUACAUUGUAGUGUAUAAAUAUAUCCAUUAAAACAAGCAGCGUCUUGGGAUUUGAAUGAACCUCAAUGGUGCGUUAGUCUGUCUGAGCGCCCAAGCGCCUCUUUAGGAGGACACGGUUGUGUCACAUAGUGAACAGUAACAGAUGCCAGCUGAUGCUCACACCUCACCUCAAACACUGCGGCAUCGAUGUAAGGCUCAUCCUAUAAUCUCUCACUCUCUCUCUCUCUCUCUCUCUGACACAUUUCUGCGAGCGAGUGUUUAAAAAGACGCGGAUCUAGUAGCCGUGGGUUGCACUUACUGCAUGACCAUCACAAAGAGAUCUGAAAUGGAACUAUAACUCCUCUGGUGGAAGUGGCAAACAGGGAUAUUUUCUCCACUUUUAUUUCUGCAUCAUCUGUCUUUUCUCUCAGGUCUUCGUGUGCUCAGCACAGACAGGAUGACAUGGCGUCCUCAGUACCGUAGUUCCAAGUAUCGCCACGUGUUUGGGAAGCCGGCCACAAAAGAGAAUUGCUAUGAUGGUGUCCCCAUCACCCGGAGUGUUCACGACAACCACCUCUGCGCCGUCAACCCUCGCUUUAUUGCAGUUAUCACCGAAUGCGCGGGUGGCGGGUCAUUCCUGGUACUGUCCAUCCAUCAUACUGGCAAGGUUGACCCUCAUCAUCCAAAGAUUUCUGGUCACAGAGGCAAUGUACUUGACAUCAAAUGGAACCCAUUUAAUGACUUCUGUAUAGCAUCUUGUUCAGAGGAUGCCACAGUAAAGAUUUGGGAUAUUCCUGAACAUGGUGUUCUGAAGAACAUCACAGUGCCUUGGAAGGAGCUGCAGGGUCAUUCACGACGUGUCGGCCUCAUUGAGUGGCAUCCCACUGCCAACAACAUCAUUUUCAGUACCGGCUAUGACUACCAGGUUAUGGUAUGGAAGCUUGACGUUCCUGAACAGGUGAUCAAGAACCCUGUGCGGUCCAUCAGUUUGCAUUCAGAUGUGGUUCUGUCCAUGUCCUUCAGCUCAGACGGCAGCAGACUCGCCACCUCUUGCAAGGAUAAGAAGAUCCGAUUGAUCAACCCACGUACUGGCACCCUUUUGCAGGAGUCUAACUGCAAGUCACACAAAGCCAGUAAAGUGCUAUUUCUUGGAAACCUGAAAAUGCUUAUCUCUACGGGCAAUUCACGCUGGAACCAUCGUCAGAUUGCACUUUGGGAACAGGAGGACCUCUCUGAGCCGUCUUAUUCAGAGGACUUGGACGGCUCCUCCGGUGUUCUCUUUCCUUUUUAUGACCCUGACACUCACAUGCUUUACAUAGCUGGAAAAGGUGAUGGAAAUAUCAGAUACUAUGAAAUCAGCCCUGAGAAGCCAUUUGUGCACUAUUUGACUGAAUACCGGUCUCUUCUACCACAGAAGGGAAUGUGUGUUAUGCCAAAGAGAGGGCUUGAUGUGUCUUCCUGUGAAGUAUUCAGAUUCUACAAGCUAGUGACAAUCAAAAGUCUCAUAGAACCUCUAUCCAUGAUUGUUCCACGAAGGUCGGAGACCUAUCAAGAGGACAUUUACCCCAUGACAGCUGGGAACAAGCCUGCCAUGACAGCAGAUGAGUGGAUCAGUGGUCUAGACAAAGGUCCCUUGAUGAUGUCUCUGAGGCCUGGAAGUAAACUGGACUCAUAUGUGGAGGUGGGCUUGGGGAAAGGCCCAACAGACUCGACGGAGACACGCCAUUCUCGCAGUCAACCAGGACUAUCGCAGCUGAUUCAGCAGCGCGAGAGCAAAGAAUCUCACCUUACCUUGCUGCUCCCCUCCACAGAUAAAAACAGCAGCUCGACAACCUAUGUCAGCAACGGACAACUAGAUUCCACUCACUGCUCGCCGCCAAAAACAGAGAAUGAGCUACGACAAAUGUUUUAUAAGCAGCAGGAAGAGAUCCGACGGUUGAGGGAGCUUCUUAAUCAGAAGGAUGUGCGGAUAAAACAGUUGGAAUUGGAGAUCAAAAAUGUGAGAAACUCACAAGCCACUCUUUGAGAGAAACUGUCAAAAGCCUUGUCUUCUUCACUAACAUUCACAUAAGAACUUUCUGCCUCAUGAAUUAUGCUGUAAAGGUGUGAUCACAUUUACCGUUGCUCAGCAAAAUUUCACGGGUGAAAUCCAGUCAUUUCAGUAGGAAUUCAUGCAAACCGGAGUUUUGUUUGCGUUCUAGUUGGUCACGCCAAUUUGUGGCAUUGACCAACAGAAAGCUGCUUUUUUGAAAGUGACUGUGUGUGAGCAAUACUUCAUGCAUCGCUUCACUAUUGACAAUAGACAAUGGAGCUUUUUUGCCCCCGAAAUUUUGCUAAUGUGACCGCGCCUUAAAGAAACACAUGGGCUACAUUCUCAUUAUUAACAUCUCUUUAUGGAAAGUCAUUCCGUGUAUCCACAUUAUGUGCACAUAAAUACUGUACAACCUCCAUGGUAGUUUUUUUACACUUUAGCACUAUGCAAACAUUUUUUGGAUUGUGAUCAUACUUGUUUAAAUGAUUUUUUUUAUUAUUAUUAUUUUAAAAAAGCUUAAAUGAGCAUAUGUGUGUUUCAUUUUAUAAAUUGGGUUAUUUGUGAUUAUUCGUGAAUAUGAUUGUAACAGGAGAAUUUUGUUUUUUCUGAUUAGUUUUAUAUUUAAAUUUCUGUGCAAAUAGAUGAGUGAUGUGGCAAAGAAAGUUUAAUAAUGGAAAUCUCAAUUUUUAGAACAAAGGGACGUAAUUUUGAAAAUAUAAAUUCUUAUGUACAUUAUCAUCUUAUGUUUAAGUUAAAGUUCGGUUUUUGUAUGUGUGUGUGUGUGUGUGUGUUUAAAUGCUGUUUAAAAAGUUUACUAAAUCCCAGCAUGCACUGAUGAGGCACCAUUGUGGGGACUGGCUGGGAUUCACACAAUAUCUAAGGAAUGUCAAGUUUAUUUUCAGUAAUUCCUUAAAACUCAUUCUGCAACACGUUUGCUGUGAACUGCCAAAAUGCAUGUACAUACCAUGAUAUUUUAAUGGUUUACCAUGUUUCACUUAAAACCAACCAGUUUGUUAUGUAAAUUAAAAACAGUCACCCAUUAGGAGCUCCUGAUAAAACGCUUAGUAUCACAAAUUUGGAAAAGCCUUUUUUUUUUAUUUUUUUUUUUUUAUUAAUAAUGUUUUGUUUAUAUAUGGAUCUGUACAUGCACACAUCAGAAUAUAGAAUAGAAUAAGAGGUUAAAGAUGCUAUUUUAAGUGUUGUUGCUGAAAUAUUUCUUCAAAUUAUUUACUAAAUGUUAUCCAAGCAGC